UAGAAUAGCAAAAACUUCAGCCUAGUCAUUAUGAGUGUGGAAGAACAGACCGUUGAUGAGUCAGACUCAUUCAAGUUUUUCGGUCUUGGGGGAUGUAACGAGGUUGGUAGAUCUUGUCAUAUUAUAGAGUAUAAGAACAAGGUCAUCAUGCUUGAUGCUGGGGUUCAUCCUGGUUUGAAUGGGUUAAGUUCGUUACCGUUCUAUGAUGAAUAUGAUUUAUCCAAAAUUGAUAUUUUAUUAAUUAGUCAUUUCCAUUUAGAUCAUGCUGCAUCUUUACCUUAUGUAAUGCAACACACAAAUUUUAGAGGCCGUGUUUUUAUGACCCAUGCUACUAAAGCCAUUUAUAGAUGGUUGUUACAAGAUUUCGUUAGAGUGACUUCAAUUGCAGGUCAGGGAGACGAUAGAUCCCAGGCGAAUGGUGGGGCUUCUGCUAAUCUUUAUACUGAUGAUGAUUUAAUGAGAUCUUUUGAUAGAAUUGAAACCGUUGAUUAUCACUCAACGUUUGAAAUUGACGGGAUAAGAUUUACAGCAUAUCACGCAGGCCAUGUGUUAGGUGCUUGUAUGUAUAUGAUAGAAAUUGGGGGGUUAAGAGUAUUGUUCACUGGUGACUUCUCUCGUGAAGAAGAUAGACAUUUAAAAGUAGCUGAAGUUCCUCAGAUCAAACCAGAUAUUUUGAUUGCUGAAUCAACUUUUGGUACGGCUACCCACGAACCAAGAUUAGAAAAAGAAACAAGAAUGACUAAUUUGAUCCAUUCCACUAUAUCAAAGGGUGGGCGUGUUUUGAUGCCUGUUUUCGCUUUAGGGAGAGCCCAAGAACUUCUUUUAAUUUUAGAAGAAUAUUGGUCUAUGAAUGAGGAUAUUCAGAGUGUUAAUAUUUACUAUGCUUCUAACUUGGCUCGUAAAUGUAUGGCGGUUUAUCAAACUCACACCAAUAUCAUGAAUGAUAAUAUUCGUCUUAGUUCUACAUCCAAUGAAAACACUAAUCCUUUCCAAUUCAAAUUCACACAGUCAAUCAAAAGUAUCGAUAGAAUCCAAGACAUGGGUCCAUGUGUUGUUGUGGCUUCACCAGGUAUGCUUCAAAGUGGGGUAUCUAGACAAUUACUAGAAAGAUGGGCACCAGACCCUAAGAAUUCUGUUAUAAUGACCGGUUAUUCUGUUGAAGGUACUUUAGCCAAAGAUUUAAUAAAUGAACCUCAUACCAUUCCAUCUAUAGCGAAUCCAGAAAUGACAAUCCCACGUCGUUUAACUGUUGAAGAAAUCUCUUUUGCUGCUCAUGUUGAUUUCCAACAAAAUGCAGAUUUCAUUGAAAAAGUUAGUCCCCUGAAAAUUAUUUUAGUACACGGUGAUAGUAAUCCUAUGGGUAGGUUGAAAUCCGCGCUUUUAAGUAGGUAUUCUUCAAGGAAAGGAACAGAUAGUGAAGUUAAGGUUUUCAAUCCAAGAAACUGUGAUGAAUUAAAAAUCCCUAUAAAAGGAAAUAAAAUCGCUAAAGUAGUAGGUUCUUUAGCGGAGGAACAAAUCUUAUCAUUGAAGGAGGAAGUCAAGGAAAGACUUGAAAAGAAAGAGCAGAAAAUAGAAGAACUCAAAGAGGAAGAUGAAGAUAAAGAAGAUGCAAAAGAAGUUAAGAAAGAAGAUGCAGAUGAAGUUAAGAAAGAAGAUGCAGAUGAAGUUAAGAAAGAAGAAGACGUAGUCAAGAAAGAAGAAAACCAAUCAGAGGUUAAGCAAGAGGAUGGAGAAGAUAACGAGGAGGAAAAAGAAAGCACUUUAAGUUUGGAUUAUGGAGUUUCUGGUGUCUUAAUCCAAAAGGAUUUUGAUCUCAAUCUUCUUCAAUUACAGGAUUUGCAUGAAUUCACUCUGUUGUCGACCUCUAUAGUCAAGUCAAAGAUUAAUUUAAAAAUUCAAGCUGAUAUAUCAUUAAUGCAAUGGCAUUUAGAGCAAAUGUUUGGCUUUGUCAACGUUGUCAAUGACGACGAGGAAGAAUGGGAAUGUUUAAUCAUGGACAUGAUUGAUAUUCUAGUUGAAAGAAAGAAAUCGCAAGACGGAUUACAAAUCACAGUUGAAUGGAUCAAUGAUAACUUAAUGGCCGAUUCUCUUGCUGAUAGUGUAGUGGCCAUAUUGUACUCCGUCGACUCAUCACCAGCAUCAGUCAAGCUUACUUCUAAAUCUUGUUCCCAUUCCCACCCAGUUAAAGCUGAAGACGAAGAUGAUGAAAAAGAAGAUGAUAAAUCAGGCUAUACAAACUCCGAAAUUGCAAGCCGCAUUCACCGUAUAUCGACCUUGCUUAAGGCUCAGUUUGGAGAUUCCUUAAAAUCAUUGGAUAACCACAAGGCUGUCAUAUCUAUCGGAAAGAACGAAGCAAAAAUAGACUACUUGAAUCUUUCUGUUGAAUGUGGAUCAAAAGUGUUGAGGGAUCGUAUAGAAAAUAUAAUCAAAAGAGGUUGCGGUUUAGCUGCUCCUUUGAGUCAAUACCAAAAAACCGUAUAGACUUGUGUAUACUAUCUUAAUUAAAC